CCAGCAGGACUUACUAGAUUCAGAGAUUCAGAAAUUAAGGGACAGGAGCGCCACAGCGGCGGGGUCACAUUGUCCCGGGAUGAAUAAGAAAGCACUGACUCCCUGCAGCAAAACUAUAAGUCAAAAACAAAGUUCUGUUUCUCUUUCUCUUGUUCUUUCUGCCUUAAUUCUCUGUCUCACACACAUACACACUUUCCUCCUCUACGUCUACACCGCUUCCAGCCCGGCCCCACCACCACCACCACCACCAAUUGCCUAAUUCUCCUGCCUCUACACGAAUUCAGUCUGGUAAAGAAGGAAGGCGUGCCUGGCUGAACAGAUGUGGAGAUUGCAGCUGGCUGUCUAUGGAUCAUAACACUCCCUCUCUCUCUCUCUGUAUUCUUCUCUGUCUAACUGUCUACCCUGUCUAUCCAUUUGAGUAUACUGUAUGAGGGACACUAUUCACAGUUUUCUGCAUCCAAAGGAUUUAGUGGCAAGAAUACAUUUUUCUUGCUGUGACUUUUUUUUUUUAAUUUUUUUUUUUUUACCAAUCUUCAAACUGGAGACACAAGUGGACACCGACUGCUGGGAUCAGUUGAUCCAGGUUCAGCUGUCCGGUUCGGGUGACUGGGCACCCUGUGACACCCACAAGGUGGAGUUCCCCAGAGGAGAGAUGGAGGUGGUCAAGGGCCAAAUGGUGGUGUUACACGCCUGGUACAGCCCCAACUCAGACAUUUCCAAAAACUCUGUCGUUUGGAACUUCAUGGGAAAUGAAUCCAAGCAGGUGAUAAACUUCAGCUCAGGUGAGGUUGGGCACGGCCAGAACGAGUUCACCAAAAGAGUGGGCUUCAGUGCGGCCAUGCCCUCAGCCAACCUCUCCAUCUACAUCAACAACACGCAGGAGUCUGACUCCGGACGCUACAUCUGCAAUGUCAUCAUCCCUGGACGUCCUGGCAUUACCGGAGAGAUGCGCCUUAAUGUCAAAGUCCCGCCUUCUCCACCAGUAUGCACCAUGACAGGGAACGCAGUGGUGAAAGGCAACGUGACUCUGAGCUGUAAGUCCAGUCAUGGAAAACCCGUCCCUCAGUACAAAUGGACCAAGGCUGCACCCCUGUCUGAGGUCUUCUUCUCCCCAAUGCAGAAAUGGAGAUCUUGCCCCCAGCCUAUGCUUGUCCUUGGGUUCAUGGACGAGCGACACGGCACCCUCAGGCUGAGCAACCUCACUAAAAGCAUGUCAGGGAAGUACAUCUGCCGAGCCAGCAACACUGCCGGCUCCGACAGCUGCUCCAUUAACCUGGAGGUUAUCACCUCGUCCAAUGCAGGCAUGAUUGCAGCAGCUACACUGGGUUCGAUAGUGGGACUGGUGGCCAUGGCACUCUUCCUCAUAUUCAUACUGAGAAGGAGAGGGGACACUGAGGAGGAGAUAGCCAACGAGAUCAAGGAGGAUGCUCAGGCACCAAAGCGAGUGUCAUGGGCAAAGAGUAAUACCGGUUCAGACAUCAUAUCCAAGAACGGCACGCUGUCCUCCAUAGCCACCAGUCCCCGACCCCGAGACCCCCACCAGCCAAACUUCCACUACCCAUACUCCCCCAUGUCAGCUUCAGACACGGGCUCGGUGAUCAAUGCCUACCAGCUGCAACCUGGAGAAGCCAACACGCUACAGGGACUUCCUGGUUACAACAUGGGAGGCACCCCAUCGCGUAAACACAAGCGACCCCCCAGUACAAACGGGGCCCCUCCGCAGCUUCUGAGGAGCCCUGCAGUCGCCAUCCCCAACAGAACUGAGGGGGCUCAGCCUCAGGUGCCACCUCCACUCACUGUGUCCCCAAAAAUCAGCUCCUCCACUCUGACACGCAUGGGAGCUGUCGCUGUCAUGGUGCCUGCUCAGAGCCAAGCCGGCUCGCUGGUGUAGCCAGCAGAAGCAUCUCUGAUGAGAAAAUAAAAGGACAGCGGUUAUGGGUGGAGAGAAAGUAUGCCAUGAAAUGGAAAAGCAUUUUCUCCACGAAAACCUGAGAGGUUGUGAGAGAAGAAAAUGUCUCACAGGUGGUUUGUGCUUCAUUUUCACAAACUCUCCCUUCAGUUCAGUCAUUUCAGUUUCUUUUUGUAUCCUGAGUUCUGGCUCACUAAAGAGAAAUAUAUUUUUAUUUACACGCUUAUUAUGAGAUCUUCAAAAUGGCAUCCAAUAGUGUUAAGAGUUUUAGGCUGUGUACAUAAAAUGCCAAUUAUUCCAAGAGGGUUGUGUUAAAUGAAUGCAGUGUGUCUGGAUACUGUAAACCACAAUGAACAGUUUGCUUAGAGUUUUGCAGUUCUUGCUAAAUAUGUUUUGGCUACAUUUGUAUGAUAUAUGAAUAAAGUAAAUAUAAACACAUUUUUAUAAUUUCAUUUCUAUUUCCCCUAUACCUGGCUGUGUAAGGUUCACUUUUCAGUCACUUCUCUCAGGCUAACUGCACUAGUUCAGAUCAAAAUCACAAUUCAGGUAUUUCAAACUUAAUGUCUUGCUUUCUUUGACCCACAUUUACUUGUGUUCACGUGUAAGGGUUGUUUGUUGAACCUACUGUAACGAUGUCAGUAUGGUUUCAUGACACUGAUGUCUACUGAGAGAACAUACUUAAUGAGUAUAUUGCCUGUUAUGGUAGAUGGAAUGUAACCAAAAUAGUGAGUACAGCAUUGUUGAUGGUUUCUGACUAUUUUGUUCAAAGGUGCUUGGUAUAACUAUAUAAUUACUGUAAACAUACAAGGCUAUUAGUUGAGGCAAUUGGUCGCUGAUGGUGCUGAUGGUCUCAUUUGUUUUCUUGUAAGUAUACUAAACUCUGCAAAUGAUGUGGCAGUGAUGUUUUGAUGCUGAAAGGCUACAUGUAGCACUUUUAUUGCAGUUUUGAUUGUUGACAAUUUUUUCAAUAAAGUGUUCUGGAGUGUUUGAUUUUA